AUGCGUCCGGGUUUCAUUGUCUAUUACAAGCUGCCAUGCGAUCAGCGUAGGUUGCAGGCGUGCAGGUAUCGGUGUUCUCCUAGGGAGCUUGGCUUUUCGAGUCGAUCGUUGUCUGUACGAGCGCGACACGAGGAAGCACCUAGCGCUCGCGAACAACUGGGCAAACCUUGGCUCCGAUCCCAAGACAAAGGCUCCGCGUCUGUUCCUCGGGUACCGUUUCGUCCUCUUCGAGACCAGCGUAUGUACAAAUACCCCGUUUCUGUUGUGAUCCCGCUCUACAACGAGUCUGAGGCUCUGGUUGCUUUGCUGCGUGCGCUCUACGAGGCACUGGAGACGGAGAGCGCACCAGAGCAGUACCGUGGGCAGGUUGAGGUUGUGCUUGUCGACGAUGGCUCUACCGACGGCACGACGGCACUGCUACGUAACAUACUGCGUGACGAGUACAACGCCCCAGCUGGCGAGAGGUUGUUGCUGCCCUCGCACCUCGUGGGGGUCUUUUUCCGUCGAAACUAUGGACAGACAGCAGCGCUGGCAGCUGGAUUUGAUGCAGCCCAGGGCGAAGUUGUUGUCACCAUGGACGGUGACUUGCAGCAGGAGCCGCAAGAUAUCUUUCCUCUUCUGGAAAAGCUGAAGCAAGCAUCGCUCGAUGUCGUGAGCGGAUGGCGUCGGCAGCGACGCGACGACCCGAUACGCACGUGGCUCAGCCAGGUGGCGAAUGCGCUCAUUCGCACGGCAACCGGAGUCCACGAAGUGAACGAUCUAGGAUGCUCACUCAAGGCCUACCGCGCCGACAUUCUGAGCGAUAUCCAACUAUUCGGCCAAAUGCAUCGAUUUAUACCAGUUUUAGCCAAAAUCGAAGGUGCUCGCCUCGGUCAGAUGGAGGUUCGUCAUCGACCGCGACGUUACGGUGCCAGCAAGUACGGCCUUGGUCGCACGUUUCGCGUCAUUUGCGAUCUGGUGCUGCUCCAUUACCUUACUCGGCAGGCGACACGGCCUAUGCACUGGUUCGGGACGAUUGCCCUCGUGCUGGGAGCAAUCGCUGUGGUGCUGGCCCUCCUACCCAACGCCCUGAUCAUGCCGCUGCUGGGAAUGAUUGCCGGCGUGUCCAACUUGAGCAGAAACCCCUUGGGUCGACUCGUUAGCCGUACAGCAUUGCUUGUGCUCUCUGCCUCCGUGACCCUGACUGCACUCAUUUUUCUUGGUCUUGGUAUUGUCGCCGAGAUAGCCGUGCGAGCGUGGUACGCGCAAGAGGCGGCGCCAGCUGGCCGACGUCCCCUGUACCGAAUUAGGGAGCAUCUCGAACGACACCAGCAACAGCGCGCAGUGAGUAGUUUCGGGUUUCGAACGACGUAG